AUGACCACUCUCUUCUGCUGUGAUUCCCCCGAGUCCUUUCGUCCUCAACAACUCACCCACCAACAGAAAUUCACCAGCUUCAAAGCCUGGGCCGACUACCCUCGCUCCUCCUCCGUCACACCUCCCAAGGACUCAGGAGCUGACUCCAACCCCAUCACUCCUACCACCCCGUACGCCAUCCAAUUUGUCCGACAAGUCAACUACGGUCCUCUUGAAUCUAAACGCUACUUCAUCCCCGAUGACAGCUCCCCGGGAGAUUUUAUCGAGAUCACCGAACAGCAUCUGAUCCAAGCCAAUUAUCAGAAGUUGAAUUCAUAUAAGAACUUCAAAUGUAGCUCUCAUAAUAAAUUCUUCGAGGUGAAUUUGUAUCAGAAGGAUCCGGUCAAUGUUCAUCACUGGCGAGCAAAUAUUGCGAGGCCGGCGGGAGAGAUCGAUCUUUGA